UUCUCUCAUUUUUCAGUGAGAUCAUGUUCGGAAAUGCCGUUCCUUUUGAAACAAAAGACUUUAUUACUGCUUUUACCAAGUUUAUAUGGUAUCCUCAUACUGGGAGAUGAAGAGCUUCAGAAUCAAUUUGAGAAGAACUGGUGCCGAGAGCGAAAAAUGCGAACCGAUUGGCGGACUUACACAGACUGGUGCCCAAGCUAUGCGCGGCAUUGGGCCUACGAGAUCUGGGCCGAUAGCUUCAAGACUCAUCCAAACUUAAGCUACAUCUCAGGAGCAGAAAUCAAACCAGCUGGACAUUUCAGUAAGGUUUAUAUACAGUCGGUGACAGUCCUAAAUCAUACAAAGACGUUUGGAGGUGAUGCGUGGCGCGUAAGAGUAAGAGGCCCAGCAGAUCUCAUUGCCUCAGUGUUUGAUUUGGAGAAUGGUACUUAUCAGGCCGUGUUUCUUCCCAUGGAACCUGGGACCUAUUACUUACAUAUCUCGUUGGACUAUACAUUAUGUCACGGGUUAAAAAACCCACCUCCUGAUUGGUUUCGAAAAGGUAAGAUCACGUGAUAUUUAUCAACUUUGUGGGAUAAAGCCACAGUCAACAUGCAAAUUCUUAAUGAUAACGUGCGCAUGCCAUGAGGCAGUUUUUGAAGGUAAUUCAGCAGAAAAUGCAUAACAUAGCCAUAAAAAUAUGGGCAUAUGAAUCAAGAAAGUCAAAGAGAAAGAAGAUAGAUUAUUAGUCUUUUGAAAUAUAAUAAACUUGCACUUGUCCGCUUCGGUACAAUUUCCUUGAAUCAUCAGUUAUAAUUUAUUUUUAUAUUCAUCUAUUUGAGGCACUGUUAAACUCCUCAAACGGGCAUACUUUGUUUCCCUAUAACUAGUGAAAAAAAAGGAGGGCAAAAGGAAGCCUGGAAGAACUAAGAAAGCUCAUAAGAAACGCUGGGGAGGAGAAAGGCGUGAAGCCUUUUCGUCAGUCUUUCCAUCGUCCCCUGUCUACUAAUUGCUAUUUAACUGAUAUAAGCAAGGUGCUCAGUAGAAAUAUCAGACCCGGAUUUACAUUAAGCACUUUUAGGGCACAAAGCAUGUCAUUGUAAAACAAUAAGUAUGUUUUUCGUCUUAAUUUUCUAUCUUCAGGCUGCCGUCAUGGCUCUUUUCAGAGGCCAGGAACACUCGAACUUUCUGAUGACUACAUUGACAGGCCUUUAUUUUUCGGCGCACGUUUUUCGGUGGAGGUUCCACCAGCCAGACCACAUGCACAGCUGGACAUUCCGUGUAAGAUGCUUAAUUAAGUUACAAUUAAACACACAUUUGAGGAUAAGAAAGCAGGGGAAUAAACCUUGUUUCUUUUCAUAUUCUUUUUCAACUUGAAAAGGACAUUACAGUCAAAUCUCUAAGACGAACACUUUAUGGACCGGCAGUAAGUAUCCGUAAAGUAGCUAGACUACAAGCACUCUCUCUUUUUUGUUGGUCCGUCGAGCAAAACGCCCGAGACACGCAAAUGACCACGCGCGGGAGAGGCGUGCGCGCGUCCACUAACCUUACUAAAUCUGAAGAAAAAGAGAGACUGCUCGUAGUCCAUAAAGUAGCUAGGGCAGGGACCAACUCGAGGUGUCCGUUUACCGAGGAGUCCGUUAUUAGUCUUAUAGAGGUGUCCAUUAAGAGAGAGUAUAAUAGUAUAGAUUCCCUAAUAAUUAUUCGCUAGAUAGUGUUUAUCCGGUGGUCAACUGAGAAACAGUAUUUUUAUAAAUCUGCUUUUAGUGUGAGUUUUUAAUCGACUUUACUUAGUUUUCUUUCCACCCACAUGCAUACAGUUUCCGAUUCUCUGUCCAAUCCAAAUACUCAGUGGUGCAAGGAACGCUGCAUUCUGAUCUGGGAUGGCUUCGGUCGGUGGAUAAAUGGGAACUGGCUUUCAUACAAGAGAGGUACGAACCGGUAACAAAGCUGUGCUUCUGUUUCUAGCAUUAAUUAUUGACGCCAAAAUCAGUCAAAUGAUGGGAAUUUCAUUUGUCCUGCUCUCUUUUGAACUUGAAAAAGAGUUUCUGUAAAGCCGCUAUUUGUUUCAUAAACUAACUCUAGUAUGCGUUUCACCAGAGAAAACUCUUAGAUGGAAAAAGCAUCGUUCGAUUGUGUCUAAUCGGUAACCCAUGUUCUGUUGUAGUUAUAACUCAUAGAAAAUGACAUUUUUUGCAAUCUUUUUUUUUUUCAGUUGAGAGCGUGCUGCGUGUUAGCUAAUUAUACCAACUCGAAACCCCCGCGCGAGUCUGUUCGCUAAACCAAUCAAAUUCUUAUAUUCGUCUUUCUUUAUUGUUUUAGUCGAGUCAUUUUAAGGAAGAACGAAAAUCUCUCAGACAACAUAAAUUAUGUACAGCGAGAGGCGCCAGUCAGCUUGUUAUCAGAUAUAUCGCAAUAGCUCAUGUCACUGUUCACUUUUUGACCUUUUUUCUUAGAUGACUUCAGUCCCCUCCCGUCAGGUCAUCGGCAGGGGACUGGUGUAUUGUGGAUAUACGGUGACUCGCACAAUCGACGAUUCGCAGAAUCUUUACAACGUCGAGCGCUGUGCAGAAGCGUGUUUAGAGCGUGUUAUCACACGGAUGUUUGGGUGUACAUGUUAGGAACGGUCAAUUCACAGGAAAUGGACCUCAGGUAAUAACGUUCGUAAGAACCAAGACGUCCAAACCGCUGCUUAAAAAACUUCACCUCAAAAACAAGCAAACAGCAAGAAAUAAAAAGAAGUCAAUUCUGAACAGAGGACCCGCGUAUGGGGUUAAGGGACAAAUCAUAACUGCAAAGUUUUAAACUUAUAUUUUUACCCCUCCUCCCCGCCAGAUACAACUCCGCUGAAGAGGGUUCGCUUGGUUAGACCGCGAAAAAGGUUUACUGCAAAGGAUAUACUGAUCGUUAUCGUCCAUAAUGAUCACAUUCACUGAUGAAACAACAUUUUUUCAAUAGUUAACCCCUUUCGAUUUUUCCGAAGACAACGCCACCGGAAAGUUCUGUUCAGUAGCUUUAAAUGAUUAGACAAACCGCAGAAUACUCAGAACUAUCGCACAGUACACGACAGAUUGUUCCUUUAUCUUUAUAAUGGACCGUGAUAUUUUUGUAAGAGUCGAAACUGUUUGCUUGCUUGCUUGCAGCUUUGGUGGUAGAGACAUUAAUGUGACACAAAUACUGGAGGAACUAAAGCAAGUGGUGACGCAGCCGUCGAUGGAUCAAGAUAGCGCUCUGGUACUAAACGCAGGGGUACAUCUCUUAAAGAGCACAAGCUUUAGAAAUUACCAGAAGAUUAUCAAGGGAUUUAUUAAACUUUUAAAGGCGACGUACCGCGGGACGGUGGUUUGGAAGACGAUACCUUCUCUUGGGGAGCAAACAGAGCUCUAUAGCGGUUGCUGUAGGCGCUUCCAUACCGAACAGGCGAGUUAA